CCAGACCCAGCCCGGGGACUUGAGCGGCCGCGGCGCAGCGGAAGCGGGGGCCAGGGGAAGGAGGCGGGGGGCGGCGCUAGGAGCCGGCGGGGCCCGACGAGAGUCACCGUGUCACGGCGCCCGGGAAGCUGCUGGAUCCGCCCCCUGGAGAGGCCGGGGCCGCCGCCACCGACCCCCCGCGCCCGCCGCCUCCUGCCCGCGCCGGGCUAAGCGCGCGGGGCCCAGGCCGAGCGGCGCCGAGCAGCCAGGGGAGCCCGGGACGGGCCUGGGCCGCCGCCUCUGAACUAGGAUGUCCCGACAUGAAGGUGUCAGCUGUGAUGCAUGUUUAAAAGGAAAUUUUCGAGGUCGCAGAUACAAGUGUUUAAUUUGCUACGAUUACGAUCUGUGUGCAUCCUGUUAUGAAAGUGGUGCAACUACAACAAGGCAUACAACUGAUCAUCCAAUGCAGUGCAUACUAACAAGGGUAGAUUUUGAUUUGUACUAUGGUGGAGAAGCUUUCUCUGUAGAGCAGCCACAGUCUUUUACUUGUCCUUAUUGUGGAAAAAUGGGUUAUACGGAAACAUCUCUUCAAGAACAUGUUACUUCCGAGCAUGCAGAAACAUCAACAGAAGUGAUUUGUCCAAUAUGUGCAGCGUUACCUGGAGGGGAUCCUAAUCAUGUCACAGAUGACUUUGCAGCACAUCUUACACUGGAACACAGAGCUCCUAGAGAUUUAGAUGAGUCCAGCGGUGUUCGGCAUGUGCGUAGAAUGUUUCACCCAGGCCGGGGAUUGGGAGGCCCUCGCGCACGUAGAUCAAACAUGCACUUUACUAGCAGUUCCACUGGUGGGCUUUCAUCUUCGCAGAGUUCAUAUUCUCCAAGCAAUAGGGAAGCUAUGGAUCCUAUAGCUGAGCUUUUAUCUCAGUUAUCAGGCGUGAGGCGUUCUGCAGGAGGACAGCUCAAUUCCUCUGGCCCUUCCGCUUCUCAGUUACAACAGUUGCAGAUGCAACUGCAGUUAGAACGACAACACGCACAGGCAGCACGACAACAACUGGAGACAGCACGCAAUGCAACCAGACGCACCAAUACGAGCAGUGUCACCACCACUAUUACACAAUCUACAGCAACAACCAACACAUCUAACACAGAAAAUAGUCAGCAGGCUAUCCAGAACUCUCAGUUUCUUCUUACAAGGUUGAAUGAUCCUAAGAUGUCAGAAGCAGAGCGUCAGUCAAUGGAAAGCGAACGGGCAGACCGUAGCCUAUUUGUUCAAGAGCUUCUACUGUCCACUUUGAUGCGGGAAGAAAGUUCCUCCUCAGAUGAGGAUGAGAGGGGGGAAAUUGCCGAUUUUGGUGCUAUGGGCUGUGUAGAUAUUAUGCCUUUAGAUGUUGCUUUAGAAAACCUAAAUUUAAAAGAGAGUAAUAAAGGAAACGAGCCUCCUCCACCUCCUCUUUGAUGACAUCCCACUUCGCAGACAAUGUCCUCUGUGCUGUAUUUGCCAAUGAAAGUGGACAACUACUAUCUUGGGUUUGUUUUGGUGAUUGUAAUUUCAGGUCUGUCACUCUUGUUACAUUGUGUACAUUCAAAAGGAAGAGAGAAAAGAUAUAUAUGAUAAUCAUUUCCACUUAACUAAUUUUUACUUCUAGCAGGUAAAUGUAGGUUGCAGUGCAGAGGAGAAACCUCUGUGUUCUGUACCUUGACAUGCAAAAGGCUCUCCUAAUACUCCACGUUCAAACUGAAGAGGAAAAAAUGAAAAAUCUCUAAUGAAGCUGCUGUGUGUAUUUAUGAAUAUUAAUGAAUAAAAACUGCUUGGAUGGUUUACCUUAACUACUGCAUGAGGUUUUUUGCAGCGUGCAUGAGUUUUAGUGACCUUGUCAUUUAAAAAAUUAAAUACAAGGAGUAAAACUAUAAAAACCCAAAGCUUUUCCCAUUAUUCAAAGGUUACAUGACAAAAAGGUUUGUGUUCACUAGCAGUUUGUAACCAUGAAGUAGCUUUUGAAUAAUAUGUGACUGAAUCACCUAUUUCUUAUGUGCUUCCAGCACAUAAACAAGCUCUGCAGUGGGAUAUAUUGUGGUUUCCAGGGUUUGGCAUUUUGCUAUAUGUGACUAUUAUGUUGCCAUAUUAGUCAUCGCGUCCAUGUGGAGUUCAGCUUCUCUUUUAUGCAUCUGUAGGAGACAUAACAGUAAUGCCACUGCUGGAAUCUACUGCAAAGGGGUUUUGUGUGCCCUGAAAUCAAAUCUUGUUCAUCUUUGUUUAAAGUUUUUCCUUUUUGUGGUUGUUAAAAUUUUUCAACUGUUAAACAUGUUUCAUUCAGGUGUAGAUGAUUCAUUUAUUCACUGUCUUAAAG